AUGGCUAAUAACUCUACUCCCAAAAAGACAUCACGUCGCCGAAGCGUCUCCCAGGAUCGCGAAUCAACGCCUUCCGCCAAGAAGCCUAUGUUCUCGAUCUUCCAGAAAGGCUCCAAUGCCCACUCCGCACCUGCAGACAUUGCCUGGAAGACUCACGGAUCCAGCUUUAUUGUCGGCCAGGCAUUCCACCCCAAGUCUGGCUCCAAGGUGGCCUCUUUUGAUCUUGACUCGACUCUGAUCAAGGUCAAUGGAAAGCACAAGUGGCCCAAGAACGCGGAUGAUUGGGUCUGGUGGACUCCUGGCGUCCCCGCACAUCUGCAACAGCUCGCGGAUGAGGGGUACACACUCGUCGUGAUCACCAACCAAGGUGGUCUCGACGGAAAUGUCAAAAAACAAGACGAAAUGAAGCUGAAGUUUGAAAAGAUCUGUGGUCGUCUCAAGCUGCCAAUGUGGAUCUUGAUCAGCAUGCGAAAGGAUCACAAUAGGAAACCAAUGACAGGACUUUGGCAUUGGCUCGAGUCAAAGUUUCUUGAGGACAAUGUCGAGAUUGAUCUCGCGGAGAGCUACUAUGUCGGUGAUGCUGCCGGACGAAUGGAUGGCUGGAAAGUCGGUGCUAUCAAGGACUUUAACAACACCGAUCGCAAGUUUGCUGAUUCGUUAGGCCUCCCGUUUCAUACCCCAGAGCGCUUUUUCUUGGACCAAGCGUGUCCAGACCACAAGUGGUCAUAUGGCGGAUUUGACCCAAAGAAGUGGCCCGCAGAUGCUCCUCUUUUCUCUCCAACGUCUACACCACUCUUGGCCGCCCCAGGCGCCAGCGAGUUGAUUCUCUUUUGUGGAUAUCCGGCGUCAGGAAAGAGUUCGUUUGCCUCGAAACAUAUUCUUUCUACCGGCUAUUACGAAUACGUUAACCAGGAUACACUGAAGACGAAGGACAAGUGCCUCAAGGCUGUGGAUGAAGGUCUGAAGAGCAAAAAGGCGGUCGUUGUCGACAACACCAAUCCAGAUGUGGCUACACGUGCGCCAUACAUUGCCCUCGCCAAGAAAUACAAUGUGCCAGUAAGGUGUUUUCUGUUCCAGGCUGACAAGGAUCUGGCGACUCACAACAACUACUUCAGGGCAUUCCACCGACCAUUGAUUGCUGCAGCCUCGGAGGCUCUCAGCAAGGCUACUGCUAGUGCGGAAGCAACGACCAUGACCACGACGACAACAACAACCACUACAAGCACCACCACUACUACCACCGCUGUGGAGAGCAGUGCCGAUGGAGAUCAAUCGACAUCGGUCACCAGCACGACGACAGACAAAAAGGUGAAGGUGACCAAGGUCAGGGAUGAGCCAGUGCGAGAGCGAUUGUCUGAAAUGGUGUUUGCGGCAUAUGCGAAGAAAUACCAGGAGCCGACCCUAAAGGAGGGCUUUACUGAGAUCAAGAAGAUCAACUUUAUCCCUGACGACGAUAUCCGGGCCACCUGGGAGCGCUGGUACUUCUAG